AUGCCGUGGUUCCCGGUGAAGAAGAUCCGCAAGCAGAUGAAGCUGCUUCUCCUGCUGCUGCUGCUCACCUGCGCCGCGUGGCUCACGUACGUGCACCUGAGCCUGGUGCGCCCGGGCCGCGCGCUGCGCCAGCGGCUGGGCUACGGGCGAGAUGGGGAGAGACUGACUGGUGUGACAGAUGGCCGGGGCGUCAGGGUGCUGCCGUCCACGCAGAGGGCAGAGGACUCCAGUGAGAGUCGUGAGGAGGAGCAGGCGUCCGAGGGUCGGGACCCAAACAAGCUGUUUCCUGGAAGGGCUGGGAGGCCACCCCCACUGAACCUUACCCGUCAGACGCCCCCAUGGCGGGAGGAGUUCAAGGGGCAGGUGAACCUGCACGUGUUUGAGGACUGGUGUGGGGGCGCCGUGGGCCACCUGAGACGGAACCUUCACUUCCCACUGUUCCCUCACACUCGUACCACCGUGAAGAAGUUGGCCGUGUCCCCCAAGUGGAAGAACUACGGACUCCGGAUUUUUGGCUUCCUGCACCCAGCGAGAGAUGGAGACGUCCAGUUCUCUGUGGCUUCAGAUGACAACUCUGAGUUCUGGCUGAGCCUGGAUGAGAGUCCAGCAGCUGCCCAGCUUGUAGCCUUUGUGGGCAAGACUGGCUCUGAGUGGACAGCACCUGGAGAAUUCACCAAGUUCAGCUCCCAGGUGUCUAAGCCCCGGAGGCUCAUGGCCUCCCGGAGAUACUACUUCGAACUGCUUCACAAGCAGGACGACCAGGGCUCAGACCAUGUGGAAGUGGGUUGGCGAGCUUUCCUGCCUGGUCUGAAGUUCGAGGUCAUCGGUUCUGCUCAUAUCUCCCUAUACACAGAUGAGUCAGCCCUGAAGAUGGACCAUGUGGCCCAUGUCCCCCAGUCUCCAGCCAGCCAUGUGGGGGGACACCUGCCACAGGAAGAGGCCAGUGCAGACAUGCUGCGGCCAGACCCCAGAGACACCUUCUUCCUCAUUCCUCGGAUGGAGCCUUCCAGCCUGGAGAAUGUACUAGAGCCCUGCACCUAUGCCCCCACCUACGUCCUUAAGGAUUUCCCCAUUGCCAGAUAUCAGGGACUACAGUUUGUGUACCUGUCCUUUGUUUAUCCCAACGACUACACUCGCCUCACUCACAUGGAGACCGAAAAUAAGUGCUUCUACCGUGAGUCUCCGCUGUACCUGGAAAGGUUUGGGUUCUAUAAAUACAUGAAGAUGGACAAGGAAGAGGGGGAGGACGACGAAGAGGAAGAGGUCCAGCGACGUGCCUUCCUCUUCCUCAACCCAGAUGACUUCCUGGACGAUGAGGAUGAGCAGGAGCUGCUGGACAAUCUGGAGCCCACCGAAGCAUCCCUGCCACUGAGCGGCCGCAGGACCCUCACCCCAGCGUCCCCAACCGAGAUCACCCAGACACUGACUGCAACCACUCCCGCUCCACCUACACCAAGCCCCCUGGCUGAGCAGACCCCCAGGCAUUCCCGAGCCCUAAGUUGGGCUGCCCGGCCCCUGCCCCUCUUCUUGGGCCGAGCCCCACCUCCCCGCACUGCGUCCUCCAAGGUGUACGUGACGAGGGUGCGCCCAGGACAGCGAGCUUCCCCACGGGCACUGCACGACUCUCCCUGGCCACCCUUUCCCGGGGUCUUCCUGCGCCCCAGGUCCCUGCCCAGAGUGAAGCUGCGGGCACCCCCACGUCUGCCACGGCCCCACAACCCCAGGACCGGUGGCUCCCAGGCCACAGAGCUGAGGCCCCCAGCCCGGGCACAGGCCACCCGGGGAGGCUGGGAGGGCCAGGCACGUGCGCAUGAAUUCGUGGUGCCAACAGCGGACUCCAAUUCAUCAGUCGAAGCACAACCCGUGACCUCCUUCCUGAGCUUGUCCCAGGUGUCCAGGCCACAGUUGCCAGGGGAGGGCGAGGAGGAGGAGGAAGGGGACGAUGAUGGGGCCCCGGGCGAAGAGGCUGCAUCAGAAGACAGUGAAGAAGAGGAGGCCGCGGGUCGGCCUCCGGGCCACUGGCGCGAGGAUACCAUCGACUGGCAACGCACAUUCAGCGUGGGCGCUGUGGACUUUGAGCUGCUGCGCUCCGACUGGAACGACCUGCGCUGCAACGUGUCAGGGAACCUGCAGCUGCCGGAAGCCGAGGCAGUGGAUGUGGUGGCUCAGUACAUGGAGAGGCUCAAUGCACGCCACGGAGGGCGCUUCGCGCUUCUGCGCAUAGUGAACGUGGAGAAGCGCCGGGACUCAGCGCGCGGAAGCCGCUUUCUCCUGGAGUUGGAGCUGCAAGAGCGCGGGGGCGGCCGCCUGCGCCUGUCCGAGUACGUCUUCCUGCGACUGCCGGGAGCCCACGUCGGGGACACGGAUGGGGAGAGUCCUGAGCCUCCUCCCGCCGCCUCUGUGCGCCCAGAUGGCCGCCCGGAGCUCUGCCGCCCGCUGCGCCUGGCCUGGCGCCAGGACGUCAUGGUGCACUUCAUCGUGCCAGUGAAGAACCAGGCGCGUUGGGUGGCUCAGUUUCUGGCCGACAUGGCUGCGCUGCACGCGCACACCGGGGACUCACACUUCAGCAUCAUCCUGGUGGACUUUGAGAGCGAGGACAUGGACGUGGAGCAGGCCCUACGUGUAGCUCGACUGCCCCGGUACCAGUACCUGAGGCGAACUGGAAACUUCGAACGUUCUGCCGGGCUGCAAGCGGGAGUGGACGCAGUGGAGGACCCCAGCAGCAUCGUCUUCCUCUGUGACCUGCACAUUCACUUCCCGCCCAACAUCCUGGAUGGGAUCCGCAAGCACUGUGUGGAGGGCAAGCUGGCCUUCGCACCCGUGGUCAUGCGUCUGGGCUGCGGGAGCUCCCCGGGCAACCCACAUGGUUAUUGGGAGGUGAAUGGUUUUGGUCUCUUCGGAAUCUACAAAUCAGACUUUGACCGCGUGGGAGGCAUGAACACCGAGGAGUUCCGAGACCAGUGGGGGGGCGAGGACUGGGAGCUUCUGGACAGGGUCCUGCAGGCAGGGCUGGAGGUGGAACGGCUUCGACUGAGGAACUUCUUCCACCACUACCACUCCAAGCGGGGCAUGUGGAGCGCACACGGCCGGAAGGGCUCACGCGCAGAGCGAUCCUGA